AUGAUUGGCGGGACGAAAGCGAGUAUAGCUCGCAUUUGCCUUUUGCUGACUUUUCUGGGAACUGCAUGUUCACAGUCUAUCUCCGACCCUACUUAUAAUCCAGAUGAAGUAUCAACGAAUUUGGGCGAAGUCGAGUCCAGGGAAAAUGGCCCAGAUCUGGAAUUCCGAUACCACGACCAUGAUCAAAUGACCAGAUACUUGCGAUCCGUGUCUGCGAGAUACCCGGCCCUAACAGCGCUUUAUUCCAUUGGGAAAUCUGUACAAGGCCGAGAUCUAUGGGUGAUGGUGGUGUCAGCGUCUCCAUACGAGCACAUGAUAGGAAAACCUGAUGUUAAAUACGUCGGCAACAUUCACGGAAACGAAGCCGUCGGUCGCGAGCUAAUACUACAUCUUAUUCAAUAUCUCGUGACAUCUUAUGACACCGACCCGUACAUAAAAUGGUUGCUGGACAAUACUAGAAUCCAUUUGAUGCCGUCCAUGAACCCAGACGGUUUCGCUAUUUCGAAAGAAGGACAAUGUGAUAACACCUAUGGAAGGCAUAACGCUCGUCGCUAUGACUUGAACAGAAACUUCCCAGACUUCUUUAAGGCUAACACUAAGCAGCCUCAACCGGAGACCGAAGCCAUCAAGGAGUGGAUUAGCAAGAUUCAGUUUGUGCUCUCCGGGUCACUGCACGGUGGCGCUCUCGUCGCGUCAUAUCCCUUCGACAACACGCCCAGUGCCAGAAUUUGCAGAUCAUCAGUUUUAUGUUCGGUCUUCCAAAGUUAUGCACACACGCCUUCGAUCGCGCCGGACGACGAUGUGUUCCGUCACCUGUCGUUGGUUUACUCCAACAACCACGCCAAGAUGUCCCGCGGAGUAUCUUGCAAACAAGGCUCGCCAAAGUUCGACAAAGGCAUCACCAACGGGGCGGCUUGGUACCCUCUCACAGGCGGCAUGCAGGACUACAACUACCUGUGGCAUGGAUGUAUGGAGAUUACGUUAGAAAUCUCGUGCUGCAAAUAUCCCCCGGCACAUGAGCUGCCCAAGUAUUGGCAAGACAACAAACAGUCCCUGAUAAAGUACUUGGCCGAAGCGCAUCGUGGAGCGCACGGUUUUGUGAUGGACGAGAAUGGUAACCCUGUGGAGCGCGCCGCCAUCAAAGUGAAAGGUCGUGACGUCACGUACCACACCACCAAGUAUGGAGAAUUCUGGCGUAUACUACUGCCAGGAACCUACAGGAUUGAUGUUUCUGGCGAAGGAUAUCUUCCACAAGAAGUAGAGUUCAUCGUCAUUGACAGCCACCCCACGUUAUUGAAUAUUACUCUACAUUCAGCUAAGCGCAUAGAUGGCGGGCCUUACUAUCGGCCAGUGGCGCUGCCUCCACGUGUGCCUGUGGCGCCCCCUGCAUCGCCCGGCAUCUUCGCAUCCCUCAGCAAUUCUUUCAACAGCAUCGUCUCUAAUAUAUUCGGAUAA